AUGGGAGCAGAGCAUUUUGAGUCUUGUUUGUUGGACCACACGCCCGACGCCAACUGGGGAAACUGGGCUUACCGCAUUCUGCAGCGGCCUUGCCUCGUUGAAAGCCGCGCCCAGUAUCCGGUGGAGGAGCACAUCACCACCGUCGAGGAUUUGGCCCGCGAGCCAUGGCUGAUGGACACUAUUCCGGACAGGCGGAUUUCCAUCAAGCCUUACAAGGACUCGCCCUUGUGGUUCUGCGCAGCCAACCGGACCAACUGGGAUUACGAGUACUUCUGGCUUCCAGGGCAUGCGUGGACAGUAACUUGGUUGCUGGUAUGGAACGUACACUACGUUUGA